AUGAGCUCACCUUUCUGGCUAGUCGGUGCCCUUUCUGGAGCUGCAUCUGUAGCAUUCGGAGCGUUUGGAGCGCAUGGUCUCAAAUCGCGCGGAAUCGCUCCAGAGAAGAUUGCCAGCUUUCAAACGGCAGCACAUUAUCAACUCAUCCACUCUGUAGCUCUCCUCGUUGCCGAGCAAGCUGCUCCAAAGAACGUCUGGGCGAAGGGCCUUUUCACCGCCGGAAUUUUCAUGUUCUCUGGAUCAAUCUAUGCGCUGGUGCUGGAUGGAAAGACUUUCAAGGCUCUUGGUCCUGUUACGCCGAUUGGAGGGCUUUGUUUGAUGGGUGGUUGGGUUGCGUUGGCUUUUGGAAGUAGGGGACGGGUGGCUUUGUAG